UAAAUCAUGUUCGCAAAAUCGACAGAUCCCCCCGUAAAAACCCCCGCCGACCCUGUGCCAACUUUCGAAAGCUUAUUUAACGUAUGUCGAAUUGCAAUACGUUUCUCUGGAAUUCUCGGGAUAGACUCAGUCCUCUCAAAAUCGUCGGGAAAAAUUCGAGAUUUAAAAAUAUUCUAUUAUUUUUUUGGAAUAUGCCCCGUAGCGGUCGUCCUCAUCUGCGAGGUCCGCAACAUGAUCCACUUCUGGGGGUCAAACAUUAGUGUGGCACUGGAGAUAUGCACAUCUGCUCUCAGUGGUCUUGUUGUCAUAACCCAAGGAUUCUCGAUAUACUAUUCUCGAAGAGACUUUUUGGAUUUUAUAUCGUCGAUAAGUGACUUAUGGAGACGACAAGUAAAUUAUAAUAGUAAUCGUGACAUUGUGAGGAGAGUGAAGGGCACCCGAUCUUUCACGCAAAUUUACGCUAUUUUGGUGAUACUUUUGGCGAGCAGUUAUACACUUCGGCCCUUCUGUUUGCUACUAGUACAUGUUAUAUUCACUAGAAAUGAGACCUACGAUUUGACUCAGACUGCGUACCCCGCGCUCUAUCCCUUCGCAAUUGACAGCAUGAGUAAAUACAUCACAUGUAUCUCUAUUGAAUUUCUAAUAUUCAUCAGCGUGGGUGCAUGGUGGAUAGCUGCAGACAUGCUAUUCCUGCAAUCAGCGACUCACUUAUCAUCGCAAUAUCAGAUUCUGAAUAACGAUCUCAUGACUAUCAAAACUGGUGUCGAUGCGCCUACUAUCAGUGAUUCUUCUACUAUUCAACAACUGAAUUCUCUUGGAAAACGUCAUGCUCACUUAUUACUAUUGUCCGAGAAAUUGAAGAGAUUAUUCAGCCCGAUAUUGAUGUGUCUGAUGUUGGUGACAAGUGCUAAUAUUUGUAUUUGCAUAAUCAAUCUUCAGGAGGAACUCAUUCGUCAAAACAUUGCGGGAGUUAACAAGUGUGUUAUACAUACUCUAAUUACUAUGAUCCAACCGGCUAUAUAUUGCAUUUAUGCCAAUGAUCUUGUUGAAAGUGCCGAGUGGACGGCAAUGGCGGCAUACGAAUCUGAUUGGGUGAACGAAAGUCAAAAUUUCAAAAAAUCUGUACGACUGAUUACCAUGCGGGCACAAGAAGGUCUUAAAUUUAGAUUUUGGGGAUUUUUCAACGUCGACGUGCAUCAGUUAACGCAGAUUGGUACCCUCGCUGUCAGAUUUUUUGCACUAGUGAAUAAUCUGGCCUGACCUGAUCACUUUCUACCAUAGACUCCAAAAUAAUGUGCAGUAAAAUUUGGUAAUAAAAUAGUGUAACAACUCCAAUUAUUUCAAAUUUCCUCAUAAAUAAACAUAACCUUUUAUGAGAGAGGAUUGGGGACCAGAAAACGCUGAUUUUUUUAAAUGUUAAUGACCAGUUGAAUUGUUCAUGAAAUAUUUUUUUUUCAAUAAAAAAAAAUUAUUCGUUGAC